AUGACAAAUACAUCGAUAGCAAUUAUGAGUUUUGAAAAAGAGUUUAGAAAUAUUUUUUGUAGUCAGCCUAUUCAAGCAUCAGUUUCCUCACUCCAGAUUGCAUUUCAAAGUUUCGAAAAAUCUCAACAAAUAGAACCAAUAUUCGGUCACUAUAAGACGGACUUUAAUGAGUCAGAGAAAAACGAUGCCUUUAUCGAAAUUUUUGUUGCGUCUUGGAUGAAUUUUAGUGAAAAAAUGGAAACAAUAAAACAUAAUUUUCAAUACUUGGAUACUGUCUUUCAAUUAUUAGGAAAAGAAACAAUCUGGAGGUUGGGACUAUGCGAAUUUCGAAAGCAAGUAUUGUGUAGUCAUGAAAUACAUAAGAAAAAUCUUUUCGGGAUAUUAGACUCGAUUGAAAAACAACGAGACGGUGAAUUAAGGAAUGGAGAAGCGUUGCGCGAAAUACUUCAAAUCUAUAUUAAGUUAGCGCUUUAUGAACCAAUAGAAAAGUCACUUAAAUUUACUACAUCAAAUUAUUAUGAAAUUAAAAGUGAUAUUUAUUUUCCAAAGUUGAAUGUAUAUGAAUAUUUGCAAUAUGCUAAAGAACGUAUCAAAUUUGAAACGAACCAUAUUGCUGCAUACUUACAUCCAAGAACCAAGGAUUCUUUGAUUAAGCGUGUAGAAUCAAUAUUAAUCAAACGUCAUGCAAAAUCGAUUUGGGAAAAAACUGGACUGUUACAUUCAUUUAUAGACCCUAUUAUUGAACAACAAAUAGAUUUUAUUUAUGAACAAUUCGUAACCAUGCCUCUUGAAUUAUUGAAUUGUUUAAAUAAAGUUAAAAAUGAAAUUGACGCGAUAUUUGAAGAAGAUGAAGAUGAUGACGAUUUACAUAUCGUGAUCAAAGAGAUUUUUAGAACUUUAUAUAUGACAGAUCUUGUUGCUAGACUUUGCUAUGAAAAAACAUACGACUUUGAAUUGGAAAGGAGUCUGGCGACUAGAUUAUUAAAUGCAAUGGAACCUGAAUUCUCUAGUAAUUUGGAUGUAAUGUUGAGCAAUAUAAAAAUAUCAAAGAAAAUUAAUAAUACUUAUAGCAAUUAUACUAGCAAUGUGCCAUUUCUAUAUGUUACCAUUUUGACACAAGAAAAUUGGCCAAAAUACGUAACGAGCUUAACAUUAAAUGCAAAAUUGCCUCCUAAUCUAGAACAAGUAAAGACGGCUUUUGAGCGUGUAUAUAAGACUGAUCCCGAAAAUAAGAAUAAAAAAUUAAAAUGGCAAUAUGGAUUAGAUAGAUGUAUUGUUGAAAUGACUUUUGAGCCAAAGAACAUUCUAAUAGAUUUGAGCUUAUGUUCAACCUUAGUAUUGCUGUUAUUUAAUAAUGUGAAAAAUGGAAGUUACCUUUCGUACAAAGAAAUCAAGGUUCAAACUGAAUUAGGAACCAAUGAACUGAAUCGUGCUUUACAAUCACUUAUAUUCGGGAAAGUUCCAUUAUUAUCAAAAGAUCCACCACAUGAUGAUAUCGAAAGCACUAAUAAAUUUUGCGUUAAUGAAUCAUUGGAUACCAUAAUUUGUGUUGACGAUGGCAUAAUUAUGUUAGAAGAUCUUGAAGUGACUAAACGGGUACAAGAUGCAUUGGAUGUCAAGAUAACACAACGAUUAGCUGAAGAUAGAGCAAUUCAACUAGAUUCGGCAAUUAUGAGAAUUAUUAAGCCAGAAAAAAAGAUUUUCAAAACGCUUUUAAUUAAGCGGAUAUUACAAAUUCCUAAGUUUGAAUGGGCAAAGGAAAAAGAUGUUCAACUACAGAUUAACAAAUUAGAAAUUGAUAAGUUUGUUGAAACUGACAAAGGGAAUCGUGUCGAAUUUGAAAAGUCUAUAUCUUCUACUGAUUUAGAUUUCCUUUAUUAUUCAACCGUUUCAUUGCCCAGAGGUAUUUUUGCUUUAAUAACUAGGGAGAUGCCUCUCGGUCUGGUUUUUGAACUUCUAGUUUUUAUUGUUUUAUUGGCUAUAUUUUUACGUUCUGAUUUGAUAACUUCAACCUCAAAAUCUAUGACGUCCUUUAGUACAAUAUCUUAUCCAGAAAAUAUAGAUAUUCGUACAGCGAGAGAUUUGAAAUCACUUUCCGAACCACAUAAUGCACCUCACGAGAAAUAG